CGGAAACGUGCUGGUACCUGUCCUAAAUUUUUAAAAGUUUUUGAACUCCAUAACAACACCUUCUUUACUAAGUAAAGGUCCAUUUUUGGCAAAAGCACGAAGAAACCCCAAUAAAUAUGAGUCAACAAACUUCUUCGGAACCCACUAACAGCUGCAAAGUAAUAUAUGCUAGCAGAGUGGCUGAAUCAUUUGUGGAGCAACUUAAAGAGCUAGUCAAACAAUUUGAGCCUGCUCCAAAGUUGGUUGGCUUUCUUGCUAAUACAGAUCCCGCUGCUCGCAUGUACGCUGAUUGGACUGAAAAAACCUGUAAGGAAAUUGGUUUCCAUUUUGAGCUCCGGGAAGUUUCCAAGGAUGAAUUGGAAGACGCCAUUGUGGAAGCAAACAAUGAUAAAAAUGUCAAUGGCAUGAUGAUCUAUUUCCCUGUUUUUGGAAAUCGUCAGGACCAAUAUUUGCAGCAAGUUGUAUCAGCUGAAAAGGACGUGGAAGGUUUAUGCCAUAAGUAUGUGAUGAACAUGUAUCAUAACAUUCGUCAUUUGGAUGAUGCAAACACAAAAAAGUCAAUCUUGCCCUGUACGCCUUUGGCUGUAGUGAAGAUUUUGGAAUACUUGGGAGUUUACAACAAAAUUAUUAACUAUGGUAACCGUCUCUAUGGAAAAACCAUUACCGUCGUGAAUCGUAGUGAAAUAGUUGGGCGUCCUCUCGCAGCAUUGCUUGCAAAUGAUGGUGCAAAAGUAUACUCAGUCGAUAUCAACAAUAUUCAACUCUUUACUAGAGGAGCAGGAAUUCGCAGUAGGAAACAUGAUGUUACCGAAACCGAAUUGAAGAUAGAAGAUGUCGCUCCCAUUUCAGACGUUAUUAUUUGUGGUGUUCCUUCUCCCAACUACAAGUUCCCUUCUCACCUUGUUCGCGAUGGAGCCGUUUGCAUUUGUUUUUCUAGUGAUAAAAAUUUUGAUGCUCCUUCCCUUAAAGAACAUGCAGGCAUUUAUGUACCCAGUAUUGGUAAAGUCACUAUCGCUAUGCUCUUGCGAAACCUCAUUCGCCUUACUUCCUACCAGCGCAACAAUCCUAUUGAUGUCUGAAGCAAUUAACUUUUAGUCUUGUUAAAUAAAGCGUUGCUGAAGAUUUUUAAUAAGAGGCUUUUCUAAUUUUAGCUUCAGAGCAUAUGCUUAGGACCAUCGCUUUUUUGGUGAUUUUUAUAAUUUUUGUAAGUAUACAUACUUAAUACAUAGUAAUUUGAUUAAUAUAAUAACUUUUAUUCAAUGAG